AUGGUGAAGGACAAGAUAGGCGAUGGUUUAGAGGUGAAGGGAGUUGGUAGUUUUAGAGCCAUCGACAUUGACGGUAGGGACGACCUAAUGGGUGGGCAAGUAGCCGAUUGGGGCACCAACUUUGGGUUUUCAAAGAAAACAACGAAGCCAGAUGAGUUAGUUUCGAAAGCUGUGGUAAAACAUGUUGAACCUGUUGUUCCAGAACCAACUUCAGUUACAAUUCCUUCUAAGACUGGAGUUUUUCGAAGAUUAAAGCUGAAGUAUGGUGGAUCUCCUACUUCGAAUGUGGUUCGCAAGCCUCAUAUUACUCAUCAAGGUGUAGUUAUGCGUGAAGUCCCAGCUCCAGUUUCUCCUCACUCAAAGAAACGAAGGGCUGAAGAUAUGGCUAAGAAGAUUUCAAAGAAAAAGAAGAAGACAAAGAAGAGACAGUUAGUAAUUCCAACGGAAUCAUCCAAAGAAGAAGAAGGGCUUGAAACACCCGAACUCGAACCUAUUAUAGAGCCUACUUUUCCUGAGAAGAUUGUUGUCAUACAACCCGAAGUUUCGUCUACCAAAUCAUCUCAUGAUGACGUACGAACUUUAGACAUCAAUGCAAACGUAUCUGAUACAGGUGUAAAUGUCAUCAUGGGUGAAGGAGAUUUAUCAAAGGAAACUACUCAACCUCCACAAGGUACUCCAAUUACUAUUUCUGUCGAACCCAUUACUAGUACCUUUGUUUCUUUACCUCCAUAUAUCAUCCCUACUACUUCCACCACUGAUUCACCAACCUUUCAAAACAUCAUCGACCAACCCUUUACAUCCAUUUUCUCAUCUCAAUCCAAUCAUCCACCCAAAGCGAAUGAUGAAUCUGAUAACGAAGAAGGUGGCUUUGGAGGUACUUCUGAAGAUAUGGCUUUUGAUGAAGAAGAAGAGGAUUUCCCGGACCAUAUGCUCAUGUCUAUGAAACAAUUCAAAAUUCUGAAUAAAAAGCAAAAUUCAAUUAUUCAGUCUCAAGCCGACAUGGGGGGAGGAAGUUCAUCUUCUACUUUUGAAAUUGAUGAGCUGAUGAAAGCUUUUGAGGCAAGAAUGUAUGUCGGAGCUGUGAAAGAAUUAACGAACAUUCAAAAGGAACAACAUAUAUUGUUCGUUAUCGAUGUAAAGAAAGUAAGAGAAGAUGUUAAUUUGAAGCAUCAAGAGCUUCAAGAUGACAUGUUCCUUUCCCAAAAGUUUACACAGUUUGAAGCCGUACUCCACAAACAAUUAGCUCCCCUGUCAACCAUCUCGAAUAUUUUGCCAACUGGUGCCCCACCUAUUCGAAUAGGAGUGCAAGGGGGAGAAAAGAGAGUUGGAGAAGGAUCUCAUGUGAAGGCUGGAGGUGAUGCUUUACAUGGAGAAGCUAAAGUUGUUGGCAAAGUGUAUCCUUCAAAAAUUCCAUUGACUAAGCCUACAAUUUCGAGUGCUGGAACAGUUACUUCAACUAUUGUAACGUCCAUGCCAAUCACAAAGUUGAUUUACGAAGGGGAUGUUUAUUGGUUUAUCCACUGA